AGAGUGAAUCAUCUCUUAGGCCUCUCCCAUCUCUAGACAGAGUGACCCAAUGUGUGUGUUCAAUCAGUUGUCUUAUAUAGUCUUUGCAUUGUGAGCUAAGUCAGUCUGUGCCUUCCUUUUGCAUGCUGGCCAGUAGCUGGAAGCCUAACCCUUUGGGUGGUGUGCCUCUUGCAGACUAUAAUUCUAAGAAGCAAAGGAAAGUAGCGGAGAUUUAUCAGGCCCUGAACAGCGACCCUAUUGAUGUGGCUGCACUCAGACGAAUGGCAAUCAGCGAAGGGGGUCUCCUGACAGACGAGAUUCGUUGCAAAGUGUGGCCAAAUCUUCUCAAUGUGAAGACAGAGGAUCUGCCGCCUCCGCCAGGGAAGGAGCUGCGAGAGGACAAUGAAGACUACCAGCAGGUGCUGCUGGACGUGAGGCGAUCCCUGCGCCGCUUCCCACCCGGGAUGCCAGAUGAGCAGAGGGAAGGGCUCCAGGAAGAGCUGAUCGACAUCAUCCUGCAGGUGUUACAGCGCAACCCGCAGCUGCACUACUACCAGGGCUACCACGACAUCGUGGUCACGUUCCUGCUGGUCGUGGGGGAGAGGCUGGCGACGGCUCUCGUGGAAAAGCUUUCGACUCACCACCUCAGGGAUUUUAUGGACCCAACAAUGGACAACACCAAGCACAUUUUAAAUUACCUGAUGCCCAUUAUAGACCAGGUGAACCCUGAGCUCCACGACUUCAUGGAAAGUGCCGAAGUGGGGACCAUCUUUGCACUCAGCUGGCUGAUCACCUGGUUUGGGCAUGUCCUGGCCGACUUCCGACACGUGGUGCGAUUGUACGACUUCUUCCUGGCGUGCCACCCGCUGAUGCCCAUUUACUUCGCUGCCGUGAUCGUGCUGUACCGGGAGCGGGAGGUUCUGGACUGCGAAUGCGACAUGGCCUCCGUCCACCAUCUCCUGUCCCAGAUCCCACAGGACCUGCCCUACGAGACCCUGAUUAGCAGAGCGGGGGAUCUCUUUGUCCAGUUUCCACCCUCGGAGCUGGCCAGGAAGGCAGCGCAGCAGCGUGCCGAGAGGACGGCCGCGUCCACCUUUAAAGACUUUGAGCUGGCCUCCGCCCAGCAGAGGCCGGACACUGUGCUGCGGCAGCGCUUCCGGGACCGGCUCCGAGGGGAGGAGCGGACAAAAGCCAUCUUGACCAAACCCAGGACCAACCGCUUUGUCAAGCUGGCCGUGAUGGGGCUGACGGUGGCGCUGGGCGCGGCUGCGCUUGCCGUGGUGAAGAGCGCCCUCGAGUGGGCACCCAAGUUUGAACUGCAGAUUUUCCCCUGAAGGAGGGAGAAGGGUGCCCUGCCGCCGGAAACGUCACCUCCUGCCGUGGCCAGAGAGGACGGGUUUCCUUCACCGAGGGGGAGUGUUUUCUAGUCCUGCUGCCCUCCAGAACCCGGCUGGCCCUCGUCCCCGAGGCAGGGCAGGGGGACUGGCCCAGCAGCGGUGCUCCCCUUGUUCUCGCCUCCCUGGGCAGCAAGGAGAUGCCUGCCCCCAUUCUGAGGAGUUGGAAGCCAACACUUCCUGAGCUGGCUCUGCCUGGACCAGCCUGGCCGCUCGGGUCCCCCCCCAGCAACCAGCAGCCUGCA